AUGAUCCCGACUUCUCCAUCCACUUUUGCAAUCUACCUCAUCCCACUCUCGUUGGGCUUGUGGGCAAUCACUGCUCUCACACGCAACCUUUAUCGCUCUUUCUGUGGUCCUCUUUCCGACAUACCCGGGCCCAAAUGGCGGAAAUUCACCAACCUUCCGCACCUCUAUUCGAUGUGGAUGGGCCGGGAAGCAACAGACGUGGCCAAGCUUCACCAGAAGUACGGCGAUACCGUGAGGCUCGCUCCAGACCUCAUCGCCUUUCUCGGUGAAGGUGAUCUCUGGAAAGACAUCUACGCUUCCAAGGCCAAUGGAGUGUGCAAAUUCCGGAAAGAUCGCCUCUACUACGAUGUGCCCGUCAACAAUAUUCCCGGACCGGUAUCUGCGCAAUGCGAAGCAGCCGGUAGAAUGAGGAAGACCAUGGCUCCUGCGUGGAGUGAUCAAGGUCUGAGGCAGCACGAGACCAGAUUCAAGGGCUGGUGCAAGGCGCUGGAAUAUCGACUCGGCAUCCAGGCAAGCCAGGACAUGCCGACUGAUAUGGUCAAAAUGUUCAACUGCAAAGGCACAACCUUCGACAUCAUGAGUGACAUGCUCCUCUCCGAACCCCUUCACAUGCUCGAAAAGGGAGAGUAUGCUCCUUUGGUGUCUCUGGUAUUCUGGCUCCUGAAGUACGUUACUCGCCUGAAGACGUUCCGAUACUUCAGCCGCACGUACGGACCCAAGUUGCGUGGACUCAUUAUGAAGAUUCCGGCUAUCGGUCGUAUCGCCAGAGAGCACCACCACUCUGUCACAGAUCGUGUGGACGAGCGUAUGGCGAAGGAGCCAGAGCAGCCGGACAUUUGGUCGCUCGUGACUGCCAACACAUCCACGGCGUCUUUGAUCAGCACACAAGAGCGAUAUUCGAUCGCCAAUGAGCUGAUGAUGGCCGGAACGGAGACCACGGCUACCACAUUGAGCGGCAUCAUGUACAACCUUCUUCAGAACCCUCAAUGGAUGUCCACGCUUUGCGAGCAUCUCCGCUCUCAAUUCGCAGACAUCGAAAGUCUGAACAUGGCCGCACUUCAAGGCGAUAAGCUCCUCAAUGCAGUCAUCAAAGAGGGCCUUCGAAUGUAUCCUCCUAUCCCAGUUGGAUUCCCUCGCGAAGUUCCAGACGAGGGCUGCACCAUCAAAGGACAUUUCUUCCCACCGGGAAACAGACUGGCCAUAUACAACUAUGCCACCUACAGCAGCGAGAAGCGUUUUCGAGAACCGAGGGUAUUCCAUCCGGAGCGCUGGAUGGGUGACGAGAAGUUCAAGGAUGAUCGUGUUGAUUCCUUCGAGCCUUUCAGUGUCGGUUUGAGAGCAUGCUCUGCGCAGAACUUUGCAUGGCAUGAGAUGCGCCUCAUUCUGGCCACCGUGCUCCUCAACUUCGAAUUCGAAUUGAGGCCAGAGUCGACAAAUUGGGCCGAGCAGAAGACGUACAUCGUGUGGGAGAAAGUUCCGCUUCAGGUGAACGUGAGGAAGCGGGUGUGA